CUAAAAGAGCCAAUUUCAAAUUCUUCCACUAGCUUUGAAGGGAACUGAAGCAAGAAUAACUGGAUAGAGGAAUAGAAGGAUGUGAUGUGAUGAUAGGAUUUGUUACAGCCAAACAACUUUUCCUGAUUCAGCAUGUUAAAAAAUAAGGGUCACUCAUCUAAAAAAGAUAACUUAGCAGUCAUUGCAGUUGCUUUACAAGAUCAUAUCUUACAUGAUCUUCAACUUCGAAAUCUUUCAAUAGCAGAUCAUCCUAAGACAAAAGUACAAAAGAAAGAGAACAGAUCCACAUCUUUAAAAAGAGAUACCAGAGCAGUAAUAGAUACUGGACUUAAAAAAUCGUCACAGUAUCGCAAAGUGGAAGAUCCAGAAAAAGAAUAUGUUCUUGAUCCAGAACCACCACAACUAACUUUAGCACAGAAGCUGGGCCUCUUUGGACCUCCCCCAUUGCCACUGUCAUCAGGUGAAUGGGAGAAAGUGAAACAAAGGUCCACCCUGCAAGGGGAUUCUAUGCAGCCAUGCCCAAUAUGUAAAGAAGAAUUUGAACUUCAUCCCCAGGUGCUGCUUUCAUGUUCCCAUGUAUUUCACAAAGCAUGCCUUCAGGCUUUUGAAAAGUUCACAAAUAAAAAAACCUGCCCUCUCUGUAGAAAGAACCAGUAUCAAACCAGAGUGAUCCACGAUGGCGCCCGCCUGUUCAGAAUAAGGUGCGCGACAAGAAUCCAAGCCUACUGGAGAGGAUACAUUGUUAGAAAGUGGUACAGAAACCUGAGGGAAACAAUACCUCCCACAGAUGCAAAAUUAAGGAAGAAAUUCUUUGAAAAAAAGUUUACAGAAAUCAGUCACCGCAUACUAUGCUCAUACAACACCAACAUAGAAGAGCUCUUUUCAGAGAUUGAUCACUGUUUGGCUAUAAACCGAAGCGUUCUAAAGCAGUUCGAGGAAAGGUGUAACCAUGAAAUCACAGAAGAGGACUGGGAAAAAAUCCAAAUACAGGCUCUCCACCGGGACAUCUGCGAGUGCUCCAUCUGCCUUACCCCGCUCUCACUUGACAGCGACUGUCCGCGAGCAUCUGUGGGGCCCGGCCAGCGUCCUCGAGCAACGGUUCUCUUGUCCUGCUCACACUUGUUCCACCACACGUGUCUUCUUGCUUUAGAGAAGUUCUCCUUGGGAGACAGCUCUCUCUUCCAUGCUUGUCCUCUCUGCCGCUCUUGCUACCAGAAGAAAAUCCUUGAGUGAUGAAUUCACAUCAGGAAAAGUUCUGCAGUUCCGAGAAAAAUGUUUGCCGUAGUUUUGGAUGAAAUGCAUGAGUUUUGGGUUAAGUUCUGCGAUGUCAUCUGUUAUCCAGUGAAGUAAAUGCUUGGUCGUUGUAUACAGGAAAUCUAACUAUAUUUUAACAGCUGACAGCCCAUUUAGUUUUAGUCUUCAGUCUAUAGAAAGAAAAUUUCAUGAGUUUAAUCACUUGAAAUAAAUGAGAAAUGGCUUUAAAAAUGCUUACUUAAAUUACUUUUAAAAAUUGAGGUUACUUAAAAUAUAGCUAGUAUCUGAUCAACAAGCUAAUAAACUAAAAAUACUUCCUAAGUAAGUUCCAAAGUUUUCCAUUGAUAUUUUAGGUAUCUUAGUUUUUACCAUUCCUAAUUGUUGUUUGGGAAUAACUGCUGUCUUUUUAUGUAAUAGAUUACUGUUAUAGUUGAGCACUUUGAAUGUGUAAAACCAAAAUAUAAAAAUAAAAUAUUCAGUGGAAGUCAACAUCAGAAAACAUUAAAACAAAAAAAAUUUUUUUGACUUAUUGUAGAGACGAGGUUUCACCAAAUUGCCAGGGCUUGUCUCAAAUUAGUGGGCUCCAUUCGCCUCGGCCCCCCAAAGUGCUGGGAUUACAGGCUGAGCCACCGAGCCUGGCCAAAACAAAGUUUAAUGACUUAGAGCAAUAUAGACUGCUUUAUUUCACACAUAAAGAAAAGCAUGAACAUGUUUUAUAAGAAUUGUUUCUGUCACUGAUGGACUAUUAGUAGGAGCCUGGUUAUUUGCAAUAACCAAUUACAGUUGUAUCAGUUGGGCUACACCUAGCUGCUGUAACCAAUAAAGCCCCAAAUCUCAGUGGCUUA